GCAUUUUACAGAUUUACGAAAAUUUCUCAGUAUUGGCACAGAGGCUGAAAUUGUGCCCAGUAUGUGGGAACUUUUAUAUUACAUCCGAUAGAUUAUUAUGUAUGUAUUAGCUGUCUAUAAAGUUUUAAUCACUAUAUAUCAGGGCUGGUGGUCUGUUAAUCGUCAAUUUAUUACUGAUCAGAUGUAGAACCUUCUUUUUGUCCGUCGAAAAUAUUUAAACUUACCAUUUCAUUACCAAAAUGUAUUUCUAAUCAAGAAGUGCUUGCAUUCUUUUCCGAGAGAAAUCGACGCUUCGAAGCGAAACGAGCUUUGCUUAAGCAAAUGGCUGCAUUAAGAACAACAGUCGAAAUUUUGACCGACUUUCAUAAACGUGGUCGAAUAGUAAACGUAGCACUACUCUUUUAAAACUUCAACGGCCUAUUUUAGUUUUCUGAUAACAAUUAUCAGCUAGAUAAAGGUGAAACUGAGCACAUGUACUUAUAUACAGGUCUAAAGUGACAUUCUUGACAAUAUUUCGAUGAAUUUCUUGUUUUAGGGUUUUUUCAUUUUCAUAUUAUAAAGAAACGCAGUCGGGUUUUUUAGUUUUUUAAAUUACCUUUUUUUAUUUUAUUUUCUUUUAGUUUUGUUAUUUUUAUAUUUUGAUGAAUCUAAUGUCACUCUCACAGUAAAUACGAAUCAAACGACCCCUAUCAAGCUGAAAUCCAUCGAUUUGGACCAUUGAGUUCCGUUGGCCGCUCCAAGGGAUGAUGACUCAUUUGAAUCACGUACAAGUAUUACAAGUUAACUCAGAAUUGAUUGAUAAUUUAUUCACUUUCAAAUAGAUUGGCCAAAGAGAUGAAGAGACCGUAUUCAGAGUACCUACUCUUGAUAGGUGCCUUUGUCAUAUUAGAUUUUGGGAUACAGAGAGGUCUUUAUGGUAUAAAAAAAUACUAUUUCAUUCCGAGAAUUUUAUUUUAUUAUCAAAUUAAAUUGUGUGUUUAUAUCUGUUUAUAAUAUGAUAUUUUUUGUGUGUAACAUCUUAGAAUUUCCUCAGUAUUUAUUAUAAUAUUGCCGUUUAAUAAGUCAUAUACAACCUGUUAUUCAAGAUCUAAAUGUGGAUCAUAGUUAAUUAUUACUAUACCUGUAUCUUUUGUUUUAAUUUAAAUAAAAAUAUGUUUAUAAUUGUAAUCAUUGCCUUUUAUUUUUAUGGCCAUAAUUAGAUGUUUUUAUUUGAGAUCUAAGUAAAGCUUUUUUCUUUUAUCUUCUUGUUGUAUAUCCACGUUUUAUUUUAUGCAUAGCAGUUUAUUGCUAUUGAACGUAUUACUAGUAGAAUAUUUACCCAUUGGUCUUUUAUAGGCUAUGUUCAUUAUACCCUACAUCACUUUUCUCACAGUUUUAUCUUCCACUACAUAUCUAUCACUUUCAACUCCUACCUCCAAUGGUUUCUCAAAACAUCCACUCAUAGAUUUCCUCCUGUCACUGUCUCUUUAUUUUUAAACAUCUCUUCUAUUUAAAUAACAAAUCACUAUUACUGUAUUAUAAAACAAGGUCCUCACACUCUCUCCGUUAGCCCAUCCGAAUGAGAUAAACACUAAAACUGCUGGAUACAUUUUCGUACAAUUUUCAUCAAUCGAUAGAGUGUCCAAUAGAUCUAAUAAAGAAUUUAGUAUGUAACUACAUAUAAAUAAAAAUACCUUUUUAAAAUUUUUCCCUUCACAGCUUUUUCUUUCUUUCUAAACAGCUUAAUUUUUAUUAGCUUGGAAAUUCCACUAUAAAUUUUCUGAAAUCGAAGUCAGUCACGGUUUAGAUGGUCAUUUUACGUCUAAUUAGAAAGUUACUGAAACCCGCAUUGAUGAAUCGAAGUUUAAAACCCAAAAGGUUCCCUUUGUUCUAACUAAACGAAUGAAUGGUGACACUAAUUACUCUAAUCCUCUUCACUCGUUAGUGGAUCUAGUUAGUUUCAAUGUAGAUUUUGUAAUGUGUUUAAAUUGGUCUAGGUUAUGUUUGUGUAUGUUUUAUAAUAUAAGACAAAAUUAUCACCCGAUGCAUCAGCAUCUUUGGUCUAUUGUGUUAAUUUAAAUAACUCUCUAACAAGCAGAAAAUUAAUAAUGAUCUGAGUUUGAUUUGAGUUUGAAAUUUCAUUAAGUUCAUCUAACAGUUUCUGCGCUAAUGAAACAAAUCUGUUUGUUUAUUGUUAUUAAAAUAAAUUUUUGAUUUUACUAAAAGUUUGUAGUUGUAAAUCUUUUGUUUUAUUACUGCAGUACAUAUUGUUAGGUAUAAUUAUUUUAUUACAUAGCUCUGGUGCCGUAUUUUGCCACGCUAUGAAUUGGUCAUAUUUUUAUAUAGACAGACUUCUAACUACAUUUAAAUUUAAUACUAUAACUGUUUAUUUGCGUAAACAAUUAAUUUUACGGUUGCAACUUAUUACCGUUUAUGUUUAUAGCUUUUUAUGAAUAUUCACUUUUGCACCGAUGCAUUCCUAUUACCGUAUUUAGUUGUUCAUCGUCAUUGAUAGUUAUUUCUUACUCGUUUCGGUUCUAUUUAUAUGUUUCCUACUUUUUUCUCCUUACCACUAAAUGUCUAAGCUUCCUGCUUGAUUUACCACGUGUUGUCGUGAAUUUUAUGGAAGUUAACUAACUUCCAUAAAAUUCCAAUAACUCACAAGUCCCAUAAAAUUCCUCCGACGUUACAUUUGAAAUAUUUUAGUAAACAGCUAACAAUGUGGUUUGUACUGUUAUCAACGUGGUCAUUAUUAUUAUUAACAUAUACAAAUUACCGUAUGAGGUAGACCUUAUAACGUAUUCUGAGCAUCUGACUGCAGUUCCAUUUCCUGCCUUACCCACGAAUUUAGGUUAUCAAUGUAGGUAUAAAAAAUUGUAUUACCGUUAUCACCGACUCGUGUCUUGGUUCAACGAUCGAUUUUGUUAUUAUUAUACUUUAGAUUGUUUUAAAUCAGUUUAAUAUUAAUUACUAUCGUUCUUUUAUUGCAUUCUUUGAUCUGAUUAUUAUCGAAGAAACUUUAUGUAGCGUUACUUCGUCAUUAUAAUCUCACAUGCCUACAUUGUGUUAGUCAGUUUGUCUGCGGUGUAGAUGUGAGUAGAGAAGUUCAUUCAGUCAAUAAUUUAGUUUUACUUGAUUCAGUCUUUACAAUUUUGAAAUGAAUGGCAGAUUAAAUUCGCUUGAAGCAUUUUACCAAUAACGGUUAUUUUGAAUUACUAUCGUACGAGUAAAUAGUGUAUUGUUCCUUGCUGAUAAUAGCGGCAUUAUUUAUAAGACUAUUCAUUCGCUUAGCUAUUGUGUUUUUUCUAAGCUGUCUGAGAGUGAGGUUUUACGGAAGCCUUGAAGGUUACCAAGGACAAGGAUACGGCUCGCUAUUGGGCCGCAACCGUUGAGGGCGGGCCCAGGAGGAGCCACCCACUAACUUUGUACCUGUUCAGUGUAACUCUAAAGUGUUCUGUGUGUUUGUGAAUAUUUCUUCUAUUCAUUUAAUUAUUUUCUUUACCAUGUUCAGUGUAUAGGGUCAAAAUAAUAAUACCAAAAUAAAAAAUAAGAACCAGUAAAAACAAGUAGAUUUUCAAUAAAAACAGUUUUAUUAAAUCGCAAUGCAUAGUACAUAGUUAGCAUAGUGACAAAUAGCUUAACAUCAAUCGCAAUAGGCGCGUAGGUUAUAAAAAUAGAGGCCGCCGCUCGCCGUCGGCUCGCAGUGAUGCGUGCUGUAACAAAAAGGAAAAUUUAACAAGUUUAAAAUUUGUUGAUGUCCGUUGAGUUGCGUCUUCGACCAAGUUUAAAUUUUAGGCAGCGGAGCGAGUGCGGAGCGCGCGGUGCGGGGCAAGACAUCCGUUCGCUCGCAGAUUGCCCAAUUCCCGCCACGAGCGUGCCGCGCCGACGAUUAUUUCGAUUUCGUCAUUCGGUGCAAUGACUCAAACCGACUGUUACGACAUAGAUACCUGAAGCAGAAGACAGAUAUAGUACAAAAUAAAUUUACAGUUAACAAUAUAAAAUUCGGCGAUGAUCUUCUAAAAACGGCCUUGUCUCAAGCAGAAAAUUCAGUGAUUUCGCAGCCGAAUCAAAUAACAGCUUGCGUAAUCCCUGACGUCACUGCGGACAUAGCCAAGCUGAGAGCGGAGCGACGGAGAACUCAGGCGCAGCAUGUGGAUGAUAACUGAUGAUUGUAUGCCAGUCAUAUAGGAGAGAGAAAAAGACUGACUUGUAUUUAAAAAGUCGAGUCAAUUCCUCCCCCCGACACAACUGACAUAUUAUUAUUUUUCUUUCUUCAAGUCUUCAUUUUUCAGCAAUGUUCAGCACCAACUGUAAUUAAAAUAUUAAACGUAUACGCGACACGUGCGCGAACUGUUACUGCGAGGCGCGAGUCACAUGACAAAGCAGAAGGAAAAAUAUUACUAGUUAAUUGUUCUAUGAGCGCACUACCGAACGCGGACCGAAUUUCCUAAACUUGUAACUUUUUGAACGAUUGAGAAAAAACGCGAAGUUGAAACUCGACUAUACGGAAGUUGCAAAAGUAGGUCGCGGACAUCUCACAAAUUUUUAAAACCGAGAUAAAAUAUUUUUAUUCACUUUAAAGUUGAUUUACGAUCACUACAAGUCCCUAUUUCCAGUUAAUGUUACCGCGCCUCACAUUGCACGAACAAAAACUAAGUUUGAAAAUGUUGAACUAAAGUUAAACUUCCACUGUGGUUCAGACUGUUCCAAGAGCACGACCGGAGCCGACGACGACCACAGUCCGAAUGGCGGCACGUAGCGGAGAGCCAUGGCGUUUGCUGCGAGAGGGACGCGGCUCGCGGGCCGGGGAGGGGGGCACGGGGCGUGCUGCGCGCGCAGAGAAAGGACGCGGGUGGUGAUGUAAUCGCGAUCGAUGCACUCCGGGCUGCCGUGCGCCACCUUUGAUCAACUAUGGGCAACUACCUACCUUAGGGGGCAUAUUUUAGUACUGCACCGUAGAGCACUAAGUCUGUGCCUACGAAACAGCGUGUGACGUAUUAAAUAGUGAUUAAGUGGAAAAUUGGUGAUCUGCGGCCGUGGGAGGACGGAUCCGGUGGCUCCUAUGCAAAUAAAUUAUAAGGUGUAAGCAGACCACGUAAUACUUGGGCCUUACUCAUAGAAACCAGACUAGCUGCAGUAGCUGCCACCUGCCCGCUAGUUAGCAAGAUGGCCACGCAAAAUGACGCAAACAAGAAACCGGCCAAGCCCCACAUACUGACCGUCAGCAGGCCACUCCGCCUGGAAGACGAUUUCUACGAGUUGAGCAUUUGCCCCUGCGAGGAGGAAAGUAUUCAGCCCACUAUUGAAACGUACCAUAUAGCAGGAGAGAAGGUUCAGUACGAAGGACCUGAGAAACCACAAGUGUUCCGAGAGGCCGCGAUAAUUGCGGACAGAUUAGUAUGUGCAGACGUAGAGAACGCCCAACAGCAACCGAGUGACGACGAGUUUUCAGAUACUGAACCUGAACCUGAACCUGAGCCGCCACAAUUCGAGAUGGUUUUACUCGACAUUCCUGACGACAAAACACUGAUCGACGAGUCGGCUGAAGUCGAAUUUGAAGACGAUUCGGAAGAAGAAACAGCACAAAUAGCUGAAGUUAAGAUGUCCCAAGAGGAUUUGGCUGUUGCAGGGCCAAGCGGACUGCAAAGAAAUGCAUCAAGGCAAGCACCUGGUACUAUUGAAGUGAGAAAAGAGACAGCCACGAAUUAUAUCAGCCGAGCCUCCACCUCUACACAUACACCAUACACAUCUACAAGAACCGACUUAAAAACCAGCAAAGAAACUUUGGACGAAGAACCGCAGGAACUGCACGAUGCGCUGGUCAGAUCAUUACAGGACCAAGAACAAGAACCAAAAGGAAUCUUGGAGUUGGUUCUUGACGAGGAAGAUGAGAGAUACAGGAAAGAGGUGGAGGGCGACUACUACGAGCGACUAAUAUCGGCGACUUCUGACGCUCCAGCUAUCUCCAGCUACCAAUUCCCUGAAAUGAUAAACUUGACCAACUCUGGAGUAAACCGAAUAUUACCAAAAAGUCAAUGGGGUCCGGAAAUAAAACCGUUAGAAUUAACUGACGAGACUUACAAGAUACUCGUAGCCGCAAUGGAGAAUAUUCUCCGUAGAUUAUUAACCAGUCUUAAUUACGAUUCCAUAACCAACUUUAUGCAGUUCCAUGAUUAUACACAAAAUGUUGAUGUUGCAGAUAGCUCGGUGUAUGAGUUAUAUCAGAGAUUCAGACCAACUAUUUACCGACCUAGUUCUACAUGUGUUGGCUUGACUCUUGAACUCCUUCGCCGGUGGCAAUGUCUUAGAUUUAUCUUCCCUGGAUUGAUUUGGGCAAUGGCUCCUCUAUCCUGCGAGGAAUCUGGACCCAAUAUUCAGCAUGAUGCUAAAAUAACCAGCGGAGCGCAUGAACUCUACAUUCCCGAUAAGGAACACCUGCUUGCCGGCGUGCACGUUAGACUCCACACGCGGGCGGGACUUUUAUUAUCGGACCCGGGGUAUCACGUCGCUCGAAUCGUCACCGUUAUGCUAGAUAAGGAGCAUCCGCACACAGGAGAGUUCCAACAAGUCAAUGAACAAGGGAGUAGAAAAUUCUAUGAGUACACUUUCUGCGAUACAAAUAGCGGGUACGUUCUUUGGCAGGAACAAGAUUAUAGGCCAAAUGGUUUAAAAAUAUCGGAUGCAUUAAUAUACGCAAAUCGGCCCUAUUGCGAUGGCAUUACAUUCUCGGAGAAGAGAAAUAUAAUUUACAAAUUUAAAAGUAUAGUGCGUCGCUCUCAUACGGGCUUAACUUUGGCUGGUAUGAGUUUUUGUUUAAAUCCAAUUUUUAGUAAAGCUAAGUUUAGUAUUUUUGUGCAAGACCGAGAUAAUGAAAACAAAAGAUUACGAAAAAGAAUUUCAUUUAAACGAUUUUUACAUACAUCCACCAUCAACAAACAGGUAAAACAAUGUAUAGACAUUUGUAACAAACAGCUCCAACUACCGAAAGGUAAAUUAUUUUCCAUUAUAUGUCAAUUAGCCAAAAUUUUGUCUGAUGAGAAUUUUGUACGGUCAUGCUUACUAAUGAGCUAUUACAUUCAAGAAUGUAGCAUAUGACAUAGGCCUCAAAGUAAUUCGUGGGUAAAAAUCGAAUUAGAAGAGGAACUUCCAGGAUCAAGUACUACGGAAAUCGCUACUCUUGAAAGUGUUCAAGAACCACCUCGAGUUCCAAGGGUGCCACCUAAAACUCCAAAAGCAGGCUUUCCAAUGCCUAUUCGACUGCCUCCUCCACAUGAUGAGGAAUUCUUGAGCAUUCCAAUUAAUAGAUCAGCAGACUUGGAAAUGUUCCCUCAUCCCAACCCUUCAGAAGAAGAGGCAUGUGAAGAGAAGAAUGUCUUUCCUUUAGAGGACUUUCAAGAAAAUGUAUCUGACUUAGACUCAGAAAUCGUGAUUAAAUCUGAACCGCUAGAUCCAGUCAGUGAGAGGUAUGACUUAAGAGUAACAAGAGCUAAUGUUGAACGCUGGCUGGAUCAGAGUGAAGCAGCACUGGCUCAACAAAAUAGACGGUGGUGCUGGUGCUGCCAAUCGGUUUCUGAUAAAGACUGCCCCCAUAUGAAUUCUUAAAGAAUUUUCGUAUACAUUUGAAAAUUAUGUCGAGACUGAACUUUAUAGUAUUUUUAAAAUUGAUCUAACCAGGUACAUACGUACCUGAACUUAUUCAGAUAAUAUUGUGCCUUACUUAAUUGACUAGUUUUAUUGAUAGAUAGAAUUUAUUGCUUAUGUACGGUACUAAAUUCUUUUGUUACUAUUAAUGUUUGUAGUGAAAGAAAAUGCAUAACUGAAUCGAAUUUCAUGUAAUUUAUUACAAAUAUAUUUUAUAAAACUUAAUAAUUUCAACAUAUCAUGUAUUAGGUAUAGUGAUCAAGGGCCAAAGAAUUAAAAAUUCCACCGAUAAAAAUCAAAAAUAGGUCACGAAGUCCUAGGAGUACCUAUACUCGCUAGUUGAAAUAUGUAGCUUAAAACUAAUGUGUUUAGGGACUAAACGUAACAAUGUCAGUAUGCAUUUCAUUGACAGUAUUUAAUUACUGACUACUGCUCAAAUUUUCUAAGUCCGCAAGGCAGCUGGUGGCGAGCUGUUGGGCAGUGGCGACCCCACGGACCUGACUCCCGGGAGUGUCGUUCUUCAUCUCCGGAUCGUCCUAGUGACCGGAGUGAGAACUGACGAGGAACAGCGCUCCCACCUCAUUCUGGCCUUAAUUGACUGGUUUGAGGGGAGAUUCGCAAGAGUGCUAGAAGGAGACUCGGGGGAUGGAAGUAUUUCAGAAUAUGCUGAGGGUUAUGCUUGUGAUGGCCCUGAUAGCCCUGGAACAUUUGUCCAUCCCCUAGCUGCUCAAUGUAUGUGUCUCCGUGUCGCUACCUUUUGGCGGCAGUAAGUUGCCGGAGACCCAUUCGUUGAGUUUGCCAGUCACACCCAGCCUGUUUUAACAUCAAUAUCGAUCAGGCUGGAACAGAGUAUUCCCAUGGUUACCUUUGAACUAUUCCAGAGACACUUAUUUAAGGAAUAUCCACUUAUUUCUAUUUAACUCCAUCUAUAAUAUUAAGACACCAGGUAUGUCCAUGGAAUACUCUCAUGUCGGAUACAGGUUGGUUGCCAGUUUAGUCGAAUUUUAUUUCCAUGGAUCUCUGCUCAGAUGAUGUGCGAUUUAUAAAUUUAAUUACUCAAAUGCAUUUGGAAUCCAUCUGAUAACACAAAAUAGUCAAUAACUAAAAAUAAAAUCGUAAUAAUUGGUAGAUCAACGUCAUGAAUGCUGCUGCACGAACAUGCUGUACGAAUUGAGACAAUGUGAAAGACAUCCAACAUAUAAUACCAUCUAGUUGGUCAUUCGGGAUAUCGGUGUGUCCGGGUACUACUAACGUGAUCUAGGUCGCAGUGCGCGUCCUACUGCCAAACACACACACACACACAGGCACCGGUACACCGGCACGCACACCGCGACACCGACGGCCGCGGCCACAGUAUAAAUCGCGUCGGCCUCGUCACUAACUAGGCCGAAAAACUCGCGCAUGCGCCCACAACCUCACUAACUAUUCGGGUAACAUUUCACAUUCGAAUAUUUUCCCAAGCUCGUCUCAUUUGAGCAGGAUCCUUUUUUUAUUUCCGUAUGUCUAAUUGUUUCUAGCACAACUGUACCGAACUGCACCGACCAAUAACAUCUUCAAAAGUAUCCAAAAAAAUUAUUCUUAAUUUCCUGUAUAUUUGUUUUAAUAAUUGGUUUGUCUUUUCUGUUAAAACACGGAUCGGCCUGAACACCGAUGAGUGCUUCGGGAUAAGAUCUAAGCUUAAUUUUGAAUUAUGUAUAAUUAUUUCCUUCUUUCUUCACAUCUGCUAUAAAGAUCCGGCAGAACUGAGAAGACCAAAAGAGGAAGCAAUUAUCGAUUACGAUAAUUUCGACAAAGCCCUUAAACUGAUCACAGCACCACCUAAUUGAUAAUAUACACUUCAAUCGCUUGCAAUGGUAUAGUUUGUGUAUAAAUACAUAAGGAUAUGUUAUUUGAAUGUAAUGCCAUCGGAAUGGGUAUUCUUUAAGACCAGGAAAAGUGAGACAGAGUUACAUGAAUCUCACAAUUUUAGGAAAGUCUGGCCAAAACUUUGUUCAUAACUGAAACGGACUCUGUCAGGUGUGUGGAUGUAUCUUAUACAAACUGGACCGUGCGGAGGAGUGCAUCAACUAAAAAUAAGCAAACUGUGAUUAUUAUUCAUAAGUGAAGAAAGACUUUUAUAGUUGUUUUAUAUUACCUAGUGGAAAUGUAUGAUGUAAUGUGCUUUCAAAACUACUUGUUAAUGAAACAAGAUAAAUGUCCGUAAUUACAUAAGUAUAAUUAGUAUUAAAUAUACAUAUCUUUAUAAAUCCUAUGUAAUGGGAGUCUAUAUAUAGGAUUUAUAAAGGUACGUAUGAAAUAGAAAUAUAAGUCUAUAAUAUAAGCAAAAGUAGUUGGUCUUUUAGGACUGAAAAAAGUAGUUGGUCUUUUAAGGCUGAAAAAAGCUAUUGAGCAAAAUAACACCUACUGCGGUAUAGUACCUACGUCGCGUGUUCAAUAAGCACAAAAUCGUUAUUAUUUUGUUUAAUCACCUAUUAAUGAUUAUAAUAUUAGGAUUUUAUAAGUAAGGAUGAAAAUUAACCGUUUGUGUGCCGCAUCGAUAUGAGACACCAAUGUGUUUUUAUUGUUGUCUUAUAUCCCGGAAUCCUCGGCAUACGAAAGGUUAAUAUUAUUUAAGAUUAAUAUUCGAGUUUUUAAAUAACUUUUAGGAUUAAUAAUUCCUUUUUAUUGGCAUAUUUUCGCAAAACUAUUUUAUACGUACCGACUUAUUUCUACGACGAAUUUUCUUGUGAUGAAAAAUAUUUUCUAAAUUUGUGAUGAUUUUAAAUAUAAAUAUCUGUCUUUUUACAAAAGGCAUUUAAAACUGCGUAAACGCAACGCUUUUUGGCGUAAAACCUUCAUUAAAAAUUUUUAAAGAAUAAAUUAAAUAAUUCGUAACUAACUGCCGUACUCAGAGUCAUUUAAUGAUUACUUAAACUGUACUUUAAUAAUGAAGGAUUGGGUUAAGUAACCAUUAAAUCACUCUAAAUACGGCGGUAUUUUGUGAUAAAUCAAUUUCAGAUUAAAAAAUAAAACAUAAUUAAGUAAAAUUAAACAAUACAUUUCAAAUUACUUUUAACUAAAAAAAAGCAUAAAAUUAAUAUUACAUAUUUUGAUUUGGGAAUAAAAUUCAAGUAGGUAUAACCUUAAUCUUAAAGCCAAAAUUUCAAAAAUAUGUGAUAUCCACAAUUUGUAAUGGAUUAGUGGUAGCGAUAGUAACUUAUAAUUAAUUACCUACUCAGUAGAAGUACUAGGCAUUAGGUCCUGGUAACUCCAAAUAGGGUAACUUAAAGUCUGAAUAAAACUCAGUGCUAAAACUAUUUAAACCCCAGUUAUAUUAUGAUUGGAAGCUUUUUAAAAUUAACGAUUCUUCAAAAUUCUUCUUCGAACUGAAAACGACUGAUUGGCGUUAUAAUAAACCUAAAUUAAUAUUGAACAAAAACUAACUAUCCUAACCUCUUUACAAAAUUUAUUAUAUCCAUUUUAUUAUUCUCUCUUUCAAAAGUCAAUAAGUAUUAUUUACUUUUCCAGCUUGUUAUUUAUAUUUAUAUUAGGAUAUAAGUACAUAUAUUAAGUGUUAGCUAAGUAUAAUAUAUAAUAUUGAAUGUUAUAGUAAUCGUUCUACUUGUAUUUACGUAAGCAUAUUUAUUAUAAUGAAUAGUAUCAUAAGUAUUACAUUCAAAUAUUAUUAUAACCAAUCAUUUCUAAUUGUAAUUUUAAUGAAAAAAGAUAUAAGCAUGGCUAAGUACACACAUGAUUGCAGAAUUUUAAUUUAAGUGAAACAGAUAUACGAGUAGAUAGUACACAUGAUAUAGCGACGGCGUCAGCUCACCCAGUAUAUUUCGAGUGAGAAUAUGACUAUGAGAAAAUCUAGAAAAUCUAUCUAGUAUCAAAACUGAGAGACAUCAAUGGAAAUGACUGAUAACCAUUGAUUUUUUAUUGUUAAGGAAAUAAACACACAUAUGUAUUUAAAAUGAAUUGUGAUUGUAGUUUGAAAUAAUUAUGAUACUUCUACUACAUACAUAUAUUUAAAGAUAGAUAAUAGACAUAAUAAGCACAAAUGUUUCAAUGUACCGCACACAUUUACUUGCUCAUGUUUUUAAAUACUUGAUUAUAUAACUACAUCAAUAAAAUAAUACUCUAUAAUGGCUGGUACCUUACGGUUAAGAUAUUUAUUAUAUACAUUUUAGUGAAGUAAUUUUCUGAUACUCUAAUAAUUAAUGUAAAGAAAAUCACCUGUAGAUUCAAUGCGCGUGCUUAUAGAAUACCAAAUAUUUAAUAAUAGAUUGUAAAUCAUUAUUAAGGUACUUGCACCUAAUGUGGCCCACGGCCACGCCUUAGGUGCGAGUACCUUACUCUAAUAUGUGUCUAUAAUUAUAUGUACUCUGAUAUUAUUAUUUUAAUAACAAUGCUAAGUAGGAAAGCUGUUAAUUGGAAGAGUUAGAUAUCAAGUGCAUUUAAAUAAUCAUUGUGGAUGUAUUAUUAUUGCUAUACGUCUACUACUAUGUACUAUCUUCUUUGAUACAAGUUAUAUUAUAAAAGAAAAAGAAUUACUGAGCAGACAUCAUUGGUUAGUAAUGCACGAUUACAUGCAACCACCAUAUUUUUAUGGCAUAGGGAUAAAAAUAUGUAUUUUUCCAAUGUUAAAUUAGGCAUAGAAAAGGAGUAAAGACGUUUAUUGGAAAAAGGAACUGCAUUACAUGUGUUAUGUAUGAGUAAUAUGAUUGUAAUAUCAUAUCUCAAUAGUAUUCAUAGAUUUAUCAAAUAUAGCGACAAAGAUUGUCAGUAUGUACCUAUUAACAUAAAAACGCUAUUGCAAAUGAGGGACAACUCCGGUAACAUAAAAAAAUACAUAAAUUCAAAAUAAGUUUGGUCAAAAAUCAACUACUGUUUGCUGUUACCCAGUACUAUUUUAGUCUUCAUUACCUAAUAAAGAAGAAAUAACGAUAUUAAAAAAUGAAAAUGUAACUUGCGUGAAUGAAAACAGAUAUUCCCGGAAUCGUUUUCAAACAAUACAAAUAUGACGUAUGCAUUUUCAUAAAAUAUCAGUCUUUGCAGUUACCUAUCUAGUCACUAUAACCAAAUAAGUCGGGGAGAGCCCCGAUACUGCCGUUUUAAAAAGAUGUUAAUGUUGAGUGUGUUCAAAAAUCUAUUGAGAUUUACCUGUUACCUGUCUAGUCACGAUUACCUGUAUACCGUACCUGUUAUGAAGUAUGUGAGAGAUACUUAUAAUUAAUUCAAAGCAAAUUGAACUUAAAAUAUUUAAGCAUUUAAAAAUACAUUACCUAAUUGAUUAGGGACAAUCCCGAUACCGUUUUUAAACAAUAUAAAUAUAAAAUAGGCAUGGUAAAAAAUUUAUUAGUCUUUGCAGUUACCUAUCCAGUCAAUAUUACCAAAUAAGUGAGGGAGAGACAGAGUACGGUUUUAAAAAGGCGUUCUAAAAUUCUUUGCUGAUACCUGUCUAGUCAGUAUUAACUAUAUAUAUCUUAUUAAGUAUGUGAGAGAUACUUAUUAUAAAUUCAAAGCUAUGUUUCAGACGGGUAACAGGUAAAUCUCAAUAGAUUUUUGAACACACUCAACAUUAACAUCUUUUUAACUUAAAAUUUAAACAUUUAAAAAUAGAUUAUAAGUUCCUCAUUUACAAUGGCGUACGAUAUAUUCAAUUCAGUAGUGAACUUCUGCUUAAUAAUACUCAAUAAUGCAUAAUAAUCUUAUAAUCAAUAGAAUAUAUUCCUUUUAAAUCCA